AUGAAGGCGGUAGCAUCAGUAACCUUGAACCCUUCCAUUCAUGUCUACCCAUCUCCCGUUUCCCGCCAAAUCAGCUUCCGGUCUCAACGGGUUCAACCUCUACCCCACAACUCCGGCAAAGGGUUGAAAUUUUACAGAAAUGAGGCUGUGCAUUCCGCUUGUAGUGUAAUUUGUGCUCUGAAUGGAGAUCAGGGAGGGUAUGUCUCUGCGUGGGAUGAUAAACCGUAUGAGUUUAUUCCGAAUGGGAAAAGGGCUUACUUGGAUGAACAGGACGUGGUCACAUUCCUUGAUCCCCCCAAGGAGUUGAUUCCUUUGGAUUCGACUUCUUAUAAUCCUGCUGCAUAUCUUUGGAAAAAAAUUGAUGAUAUUCCCCAGGAAAGGCGCCGUCGGCUGCUGCGCUUGUUAGAGCCUAGGCUGAUCUCAAGAGCUUGGGAGAUAGCUGGCACACGAUAUGAUGAACCCAAGUUGAUGAACAGAAGCUCAUCUCAAAUGUCAUCUAAUGAAGAUGGUGUCUCGCUCGAAUAUUAUAAUUGUCGAACAAGUGGAGGACCAAUGCCUAUUUCUUGGAUAAACUAUUUCAAGAUGGCACUUUUUACUUGCAAGGAUGGGAACUUAUAUGGACGAUUUAUUGGUGACACAAUUGUUAAUGGACUUGCAAAAUCCGUUAGUCCAUUGUACUUUGUAGUGAGACAGCUAAAGGAAGUGAUGGCAACUGAACAACCUUGUGAUCUAGCAUAUGAGUUUGGGGAUGGACUGUUUGAUCUACUUGAAUACCCCAAGGGCUUUCCAACACCAGUGAAACAUCCAUAUCCUUUUGAUGAUCAGGUGGUUGUCUAUGUUCGUCAAUUAGGACCAGGUGUAUCAGUAGGGCAAGCAUGGCAAGAAGGAAAAGAGUUACAACAAGUGCCACAAAAAUUAUGUGGCGAGAUUCUGAUGGUGAAAGAUUAUUCUACUCUUAGAGAAGAUCAGUAAUAGUUGUUGGGAGGUUAUUUUAGAGAGAAGAAAGAAAAGUUAUGCUGUCAUGGAUUAGUAGUAGUUUAUGUUGUAGACAUGGCUGUAAGACUAGUACAGACAGGAGCCGGUGGGCAUCAGGAGAGCAAACAACUGUUGAACUAAUCCCUAAUCAAACAACCGCUAAAAGGAUAUCUCACAGAAGUUCUCAACUUUGGCAUGUCCGAUACAGUGACCAAUGACUGAGACUUGGAGUUCUGCUGAACAUGUAUUUGAUAGUUGUAUCACCUUCCUGAGGGUUUACCAGAGCGUACUUUACAGGCUAGCUUACAGUUAAAUUCUCACCUCUGCAUGUCCAAAUACCUAUAAGUUCAAGCAAUAUUCAUCUGCAAACCAGAUGAAAAAUACAAUAAAACGGGCUGUGUUAUCUGUAUUCCUGUGUGUUACAGUGAAGUACAUUUUCAACAUGCA